AUGGACGAAUCCAAGUAUGCUGCCCAGAUGAACGUGACGAUCCAUAGCCCUGCCGACAUUGAGAACCCACUGCGUGGCAUUCCUCAAGAUCAGCUCCUCUGCGACGUCGAAGACUAUGCGCAAGAGUACGACCUGAACGACAUCCUUCCUUUCCUGAAGAAGGGAGCCUUGGUCGCUCAGAGGCCAGAUGAGUAUGACGAAAUCCCAGAGCUGAGCGCCGAGGACCGUCAGUUCAUACGACAGGAGACCACAAAUCGCUGGAAGCAACCCUGGGCACUAUAUUACACCAUCAUUCUCAGCUCUAUCGCCGCCGCUAUCCAAGGAUGGGAUCAGACAGGAUCUAACGGUGCCAACCUUACCUUUGCACACCAGUUUGGCAUCCCCCAGGAUCCACCAGGCUGUGCAUCGCCAUCCGAAUGUAGUCGGAACCAGUGGAUUGUGGGUGCUAUUAAUGCUAUCCCUUAUAUGACAAUUGCAAUUUUUGCGGGCUGGCUUUCCGAUCCUCUGAACCACUGGCUAGGUCGCAAGUGGGUGAUUUUCAUUGCUGCGGUGUUUAGCUUGGUCGCGCCUAUUGCGUGCGCCGUGACCCAAACUUGGGGCCAGCUAGCGGCCUGUCGUGUUCUCCUCGGAAUUGGCAUGGGCCUGAAAGAGGUCAGCGUUCCUGUUCUUUCAGCCGAAAAUGCCCCGACCAACGUCCGUGGAGGGCUUGUGAUGUCCUGGCAGAUCUGGACCGCGUUCGGUAUCUUCCUUGGGACAUGCGCCAAUCUCGUGGUGGUCAACACGGGUGCCAUCGCAUGGAGACUUCAGCUCGGUUCAGCGUUCAUCCCCGCCGUUCCACUGUUGCUCGGAAUCUAUUGGUGCCCCGAGUCUCCUCGUUGGUUACUCAGGAAGAACAAGGCCCGUGAAGCAUAUAACUCGUUGUUACGACUGAGGAACAGUCCUCUCCAGGCCGCUCGCGAUCUCUACAAGAUCCAUGCCCAGAUGAGAUUGGAGAAGAAAAUGAUUGAGAACUCCACCGAACUCUCGAAGAGCGACAAUACGUUCGUGCGUUUCAUGGAGCUCUUCACCAUUCCACGCAACCGUCGCGCGACCCAGGCCUCUGGUAUCGUCAUGAUCGGACAGCAAAUGUGCGGAAUCAAUAUCAUUGCCUUUUACUCAUCUUCAAUUUUCUCCAAGGCCGGCGCCAGUAACAUCGAGGCACUCCUCGCGUCAUUUGGCUUCGGCUUUGUAAACUUCCUCUUCGCUUGGCCCGCCGUCUGGACCAUCGACACCUUCGGUCGUCGCUGGCUGCUCCUCGCGACCUUCCCCAACAUGUGCUGGACCCUCCUUGCCGCAGGAUUCUGUUUCUGGAUCCCGGAAGAAAACAAGGGUGCCCAUCUCGGCGGCAUAACCCUGUUCAUCUACCUUUUCAACAUCUUCUACUCCCCCGGUGAAGGUCCCGUCCCAUUCACCUACUCCGCCGAAGUCUUCCCGGUGUCCCAUCGUGAAAUCGGCAUGGCCUGGGCCGUAGCAACGAACAACUUCUGGGCCGCUGUCCUCUCCCUGACCUUCCCGUACAUCCUCCGCGAGUUCAAGCCGCAGGGCGCCUUCGGUUUCUACGCGGGCCUCAACAUCGUCGCCUUCGUCUUGAUCUUCUUCUUCCUGCCCGAGACUAAGCAAAGGUCACUUGAGGAGUUGGACCGCGUCUUUAGCAUGUCGACUCGCGCACAUGCUAAGUAUCAGUUGACUGAGGCGCUGCCCUGGUGGUUCCGGCGCAAGAUCCUCCGGCGCAAGAACGCCGUUUGUCGUGAUCUUUAUGAUGACAGUUUCGCGGUUAAUGUUGUUCCGCGCCAUUUUAAGUCGGGACAUGUUGAUCAAGUGGAAAGUGAGAAUGUGUGA